AUGGUCUACAUAUAUGGCGGCAGAGACACCAUUGGACAGAUCUAUGAUUCAGCAUACGAUCCCGCUGCUUUGAUAACUGGUGCCAGUCAAAAGGGAUACCCGAUCAUCUAUGUCGCAAUGAAUUAUCGGUUUGGUAUUUUUGGCUUCGCUGCGACAGCGGCGUUGAAUCAGUCCAACUCCUUGAAUGCGGGACUUCAAGACCAGCGACUCGCUUUGGAGUGGGUGCAGCGGAAUAUUGAGGCUUUUGUGAUCACUGCGUUUGAAGGAACGAAAAAGGCACCGUUUCAGCGAGCGAUUAUGCAAUCUGGUAAUGCAGCUGCUGAUGCGGGCACCGCGAGAAAUUUGACUGCUGUUCGCACAGCUGAGUUGAUCAAAAUGUUCAUUCCCGAUAGCCCUUCGAGGCUUCUUUCGUCGGGUCGAUUCGGCCGCAACAUCGAUGUCAUCACAGGGUGGACUCAGAAUGAUCAGUCAUUUUUCACGCCUUCGACCAUCAAGACAGAGUCGGAUAUUGCGGACUAUCUGUCUGCAUCGCUGCCCAAUCUUUCUAAAAAGAAUAUCCAGAAUGCUCUUUCUCUAUACCCGGCUUCCUCUUUCUCGGGAAUUCCCAGUGAGAAUGUCUCAGCGCAAUUCUUCCGGGCGAGUCAAGUGUGUCGCGACUGCCAGUUUACUUGCACGAGUCUGCAUUUUGUCCAGAUGAACAACAAAUACUCCGACUCGACGACAUCAAAUUACAUCUACGUCCUUCACCAGACAAUAUUUUCUCCCCUGUUUGCAGAACAAGUUACCUCGUAUCUUGGCGACUCUCACUUCAGCGAUAUUCCCUAUGUCUUCAACGAGACUACGACAAGGUACUCUUUCCUUGCGUCGCCCUCCGAUAUUGGACUUUCUUCGCAGAUGAGUGGUAGCUGGGCAUCUUUUGCUGCCUCCGGGAUUAUUGGAGGUCCUGAUGAUGGAAUUGCGACGAUCGAUGACAAGAAUGACUCGUUUGAACGUCUUGGGGAGAGAUGCGCAUUCUGGAGCUCUCCUGAUAUACUGGAGCAGAUUGGAGUAUAG